GCGAACACAAAAACCUCGUCGUUGAACCCAAGAGAGGAGACACCACCAGACCUUCAUCUCUUCUGCAGCGCUAAAGCGGACCGGUAUCAAAGCAAAAGGAGUUCGAGAUGCCGAGGAAAGACAGCAGCAUGAAGCGGGGUAACUCGCUCUCGAGGUUGUGGAACCGCCUCCGAAGCAAAAGCACAAAGACGAGGCGUGGGAGGACAGAGGACAGAGAGGAGAGCACCACGCGCGCAAGAUCCUCGUCCUUGGGCAGGUUGCGAAAGAACCUGUCGCGCAGCCUCAGCAGCCUGCGCAGCCUGGGUCGAAAGCGCAGCCGAUCCCUCAGCUCCGGCGUGUACCACCCUGACGAACAAGACCUGGACGACAGUCAGGACGGCGCCGUCGUCGGCGGGCUUGCACCAGAGCAGCUCGAGAAGGGCAUCAGCCAGAUUGCACAGCAGCGCUCGGAUCUUGAGCAAUGGGAUCUUGAGCGAGAGGUCUCGCGUGACCGCGACCUGGGACCUCUUCCUCCCGGCUGGGAGAUACGAUACACAUCCUCCGGUGAAGAAUGCUUCUUCAAUCGAGAUACGCAGAUGACACACAUGAUAGACCCGCGCAUCGAACGAUUAGCCAGUCAGAGCGAAAGUGACCUGCCGUUCGGGUGGGAUGUGGUGCGCGACAGGGAACAUGGCACCUACUACAUUGAUCAUUUGAACAAGCGCACGACAUACAUUGACCCGCGCGGGAGCAAUUCGCGCAGCCGCUCGCUCGGGUCGAAGAGCCCGUCCCCACGCAAGUCCGCGUCGCUUCGGUCUGCGCGCUUGCCUGCACGCAGUCCUUCUGUGACAAGUCGGAAGGAGAAGCACGUGCACCUGACACACGAGGUGAAGCGCCCUGUUGAGGGUGGCUUUGGGUUCACGGUUGCCGGCAUGUACCCAGAGAAGAUGCUCAUCCACACCGUGUUCAAGACAAGCCCGGCGUACGGCAAGCUGCAGCCGGGGGACCACCUGCUGGCGGUCAACGGCGUUGAUACGAAGCACCUGACCCACGAGAUGUUGGUGGAUCUCCUCAGCCGCGUCCCGCGAGGCGAGCUCGUCCUCUUCUCCAUCGAGCGCACCAUGGACGUCGAAGACGGGUCCAGCACACACAGCGAGCAGCAGCGCGUGGGCACGGAGCCUGCACGGCUGAAGCUCACAAUCCAGCGCCCGCCAUCAGGCACAUAUGGGUUUGCCAUCACAUAUGACGAGGCGACGGACUGUUACCGGGUCAGCCACCUCAAGAGCGGGAGCGUUGUGGACAACGAGGGCCUCGUGCGCAUCGGCGACAAGAUUGUGAAAGUGAAUGGGCGGGACGUGUCCAACUGCGACCACACGGAGGUUGUUGAGCUUGUUCGCCAGUUCCCAGACCACGUGCGCCUGGUCCUGGAGCGCGACCUCGAAGCGAAGAUUGAGCAGCAGAGUUACGAAGUUGCAGACCUGAGGCACCUCAUCUCCGUGACAACUCGCACCCUUCGCGACGACCUCAUUGUGUAUGACCAGCACCGACGGCUGGCCCUGGCGCGGUACGGCCACGUGCGUGACAGCUACGAGCAGGCGGCCCUCGCAGACUCGAGAGACGAUCUGAUGCGCCUCUAUCCAGACCUGACAAAAGCGGCGGUGCACAUUCAGCUGCUGAACCAGCGGUCCAAGGCAUACCUGGCGCACGUGACGCACCUUGAGAGCAUUGGAUCGAAGCUGGCGCUUGAGCCGUACGAGAGCAUCCUACAGCAGGAGUCGCAGACGCUGACAGAGAGGAAGGCCGCCCUCACGUCCAUCCAACGACAGCGCAUGCAACUCGUGCAGGAGUACCAGCGUGCGCUGCGCCACACACCAAAGUGUAUCGCCGUCGCCAGUCGCGUGGAGAUUGUGACGUUCCAGCGGCUGAGCGGCAGCUUUGGGUUCACGGUCGUUGGCGGAUAUGGCUCGUCCGUACCGCCCAUGGUGGGGAAGGUACUGCCAAACAGCGCUGCGCUCCACGCGGACCUCCGUGUUGGUGACCAGAUUCUCAAGAUCAACAACGAGGACGUGGGCAGCCUGUCGCACCAGGAGGUGAUUGACCGCAUCAAGGCGUCGCCAGAACGCAUCGUCCUCACCAUCAGCCGCUCCUUCGAGACGCGGUCGGACUUUGGCUUCCCUGAGCCCUACACGCCGUUUGUGCAGGACUUUGAGGAUCUGCUGUCCAUCAUCGAGGAGUCGGAGACGUGCAAAUUCUUCCUUGAGAUUGAGUCGAUGCUUGUGCGUGACCUGACGAUUGCGCUGAACAAGCAGACGCGCACGCGGGACUGGUGGUUUAGACACGACACGCAGCAUGGGUUUAUCAUGCGUCUCAUUAUGGACCAGAAGCGAUUCGAUUCGCUCUUCCCUUCAAGCUGAGCUCCGUGGCAUGCACGUGUGUGCGUGUGCGUGUGUGCGCCUAUGUUCGUACGUGUGUGUGUGUGUGCGUGCGUGUGCGUGCAUACGUGUGUUUGUGUAUACGUGCGUGCGCACGUGUGUGUGUUCUCAUGCCUUUCCGUGUUGAGGUCGCGUGAGAGCGAACGUUGUCUUGUUCUGUGUGUGCGUGCCUAUGUGUUCGUUGGUGUUUCAUCGUGUACCAAGGCGGCAAGUGUGUACUUGCUUGCUUGAGUGAUUGAUUUAUCUUCCCAACAUCGCAGAGAGCCCUGACCCCCAUCGUUUACAGCCAAGUUGCUUCAGUCCUUUUACUUGUUGGCUCGCUUGCUUCUUCGGUUGUUCCUCCCAUCACGUAAUGUAACAACGACGGAUGUCUACCAGCACCCCCGCCAGGAAGCCCUCGUGGGCAAACAAUGAACCGUUUGUACUGUUAACAUAACAUAUUAGCUCAAGGC